GUCGUUCUCGCUACACUGGCCACGGUGGGGGACGGUGAUUGCGACGGAGAUACGGCCACACGGUGCGCGCGGUUGAUCAUUUUACGGUCCAGCGGCCUACCGUGUUAAUCACCCGAAACGGUUGCCCACCCGGGACGCGGAUUCCCCAAAAAGGGGCUGACGAUCGCCUUCCGUAGCCGCAGUUCCGAUCGGGGUCAGUUCUCUGGCAACUCUUCGUCGGGUCGUUGUGCCCUGCACCACGCGGUACCUUUUCACCCUUACGUUACGGCAUCGCCGGAUCUGGUAAACAAUGUACCAGAGUGCGUGCAGUGCCGCAGCCGGUGGUUGCUCGGAGCCGGAGCGCCACGACCGGGACGGGUUAAUAACACACGAAACUCCUGCUCCGGUCGAGCACGAUUACAGUGGGUUCGAUAUCGUGAAGGCGACACAGUACGGUGCGAUAGCGCGUGUGAAGGAGCUCAUCGAGGCAGGCUGGGACGUGAAUCAGCCGGACAGUGAAACGGUGACGCUGCUACACUGGGCCGCAAUCAAUAAUCGCAAAGAUAUCAUCAAAUACUUUCUUGAUAAGGGUGCGAUUGUAGAUGCGGUCGGUGGCGAACUGAACGCCACGCCCCUCCACUGGGCCACACGUCAGGGACAUCUCGCGGCAGUGGUGCUGCUGUUGGCGGCCGGAGCAGAUCCGAGUCUUCGCGAUGCAGAAGGUUGCUCCUGCAUUCACCUGGCGGCCCAGUUUGGCCACACGGCGCUGGUGGCGUACUUUAUUGCGCGUGGCGUUAAUCCGGAUCUGCAGGACCGCGGCGGGAUGACGGCGCUCAUGUGGGCCGCAUGGAAGAUUUCGGCCCUCGAUCCCGUCCGGCUACUGUUGACGUUCGGGGCGAACCCGAGUUUGGCGGAUCAUACGCACGGCAACACAGCGCUGCACUGGGCCAUACUGGCGCGGAACGCCACGGCCAUCAGCACGCUCGUGCUGAAGGGGAAGUCGAAUCUGGAGGUACCGAACCUCCGCGGAGACACGCCACUCACCAUGCUACAGCCGCACAUCGGUUCGAUCUGGAUCGGGUCGAAAGUUUCCGACCGGAUUCGGGACCUAACGCAACAAUCACAGCGCCGAAACUUGUUCGUGCGGCUCACACUAGACAAACGGUUCCGCUGGUGGAGCAUGAUUGCGACCCCCUUUCUCGUGUUCUACAUGGCCGGGUUGAUCUUCUGCUCCAAUGUGCAAAUCAUCAUUAAAUGCUUCCUGCUGGGCUGUCUGUACAGUGUGUCGCACACGGUCGGGCAGAAGCUGUUCGAUGAAAACCUAAUGGCACUGCUACCGCUCAGCGUGUACAUGGCCACCAAGCUGUGGUUCUACGUUACGUGGCUGACGUAUAUUGCACCGACCGUGUCAUUUCUUGCGUCCGUCGCAUUCCUCGCGUGCAGCGCCGCGCUUUGGAUUUGCUUCCUAAAGUCAUGGCGCGGCAAUCCGGGCGUCAUUCAACCGACACAGGAGCAACGGUUUCGGACAAUCAUUGAACUCUCGGAACGCGGGGCAACCGGUUUCGAACCGUCGGCUUUCUGCUCCGCCUGCUUGGUCCGUCGCCCCGUUCGCUCCAAGCACUGCUCGGUGUGUGAUCGAUGCGUGGCUCGCUUCGAUCAUCACUGUCCCUGGGUUGGCAAUUGCAUCGGAGCGAAAAAUCACAAAUACUUUAUGGGAUUCCUCUGGAUGCUGCUGAUCAUGUGCGCCUGGAUGUUGUAUGGUGGCGCAAACUUCUACGUUCAGGCAUGCUCAGUGAAUAUGGAGAAUGGUCUGUGGUCAGCGUUCGUGGCGAUCGGUUCCUGUAAUCCGUGGGUCAGCUGGGUGAUGCUGAACGCGCUGCUCCACAUGUCCUGGGUAACGGUGCUGACGAUUUGCCAGAGCUACCAGGUCGUCUGUCUUGGUAUGACGACAAACGAACGGUUAAACCGUGGUCGUUACCGACACUUCCAGGCGAAGGGUGGCAAAAGCCCGUUCAACCGUGGUCCGAUAAACAAUCUUUUCGACUUUCUGGAAUGUGGGUGCUUCGGUGUGGUGCAGCCACAGCGCACGGAUUGGAUGGAGUUCUUCGAGUUCGAUAAGCACGUCGAACAUGAACCGUUGCUACGACCGGAUAACUUUCAGUACGUCUGAGUGCCGGUCGGACAGCGGCCAACGGACGCAACAGCGGCGGAAACGACCACCGAAGAGUGCGGAGCGCGAACUGGCGGCACUGCUGCGCGGUGUAGCGAUCGAGUCGAUGCUGAAGAGCGGAAGCCGCACGAAACUAACCUGAACGUGAUGGAGGAAGUGGCCAUUGUCGGUAUGUACUGAAUUUGCAAACGACGGUUCCGGGAGCUAACUUUUUAUGUUCAACGGGUGUGCCGUCGGAUAGACGACAGUUGAGCGAAGUGAUCUCCUUUCAUUUUUGUUCAUUAUUGCACUUUUUAGAGUUUGUCAAACUCGUUUUUACGUUUCCGCUAUCUUCCACAUUGUGCGGAAGUUCUUUAUUUUGGCUGAUUCUUCGUGAAGCAACUAACGUUUAGUCUUCGACCAUGCAUUUUGAAGUCUGCGUUGCCUGUGGCUUUCCGCUUCUAUUGAUGCUUUACAUUGGAGCACCCUGCUGAUGACGAAAGAAACUGCAACAGUUCGCUUUUUCUUCGUAAUGGUGCCUGGCUCUUCGCAGGCAUUAUACACAUUAUCUUUUGUUGAUUUGUGUGUAUUUUUCCAGUUAUUCUAGUGUCGCACAUCACGGAGAAGAGUAAUGAAUGGCUUUAGAUAGGUGUUAGGAAGAAUGUAGUGAACAAUUACAAUGCGCUUAUAUCGAACAAAAGAAUAAAACUAAAUGCGACCAUUCUCAAUGCGCAAGCUGGAUGGGAAUCCACAAAGAAAACGCAAGACACAAAUUAAUAGUAAGUAAGCCAAGUACUACGUAAAAAGUGUAUAGAUUUAAAGUGCAAAAGAGACACACCAAUUUACUAUUUACGACAACAUCGUAUCAUGGUAGAUUUUGUUUUGCAUUCAACGAUUCUCAAGCCCAAAGUUAAAAUAUUUCAAUUCACGCUGAGAAUGAAGCAUACAAAAAUAUACAACCAUCCAAACACGGCGUUCACCGUUAUUUUGGUGAAGCAGUGUGUUCGAGGAUCAUUCCAAGCUUGACGCAGAUGUGGAUGAAAAGAGGACGAUUAACUGUACAGAAAAGGUAGAGAGAACACGAAAUAUUUAAACCUGUUAGGAUUCCGUUAUCGUCUUCGCCAUGCACUAGAUGGUGCAGAAGCACUGACAUCAAAUGUAUUAAACGCCACAAAAAUUACUUAAAUAGCUUAGUUGUGAGAAGAACGAACCGGUUGUAAAAAGUGAAACGUGCGAUAAACGUGCGAUAUCUACGUAUAUGUGGCACAUCCAAAGUAUAUCGAUUCAGGCGAAUCAAGCAAUAGAGUUCACGCGGUGUUUAGUAGCCCCACACAGGGCCCCUUAACCACAUUCAAACGAUAACCGAAUUCAUGUAGAUAGUGUUAAAUCCACCGAAGCGCAAUCGCGGUGUUUGUUAAACAAAAUUAGAAUUUGCAUAAAACAAUGAAAGUGAAUGACACAGCUAGGAAUCGUGGACAAACUUUUGCUUUUUAUCGCAUGGAAGGACAGCAUUGUGUGCUACGUUACUGAGUUCCGGGGGCAACGCUUUCGGCUGAAUUUUAUAUUGCUUUGCAUUGUUUAAUUUUGCAAACAAACAUACCAAGAACAAAACCGGUAACGUUCCUUCCGCUUGUCUGCUGAAGCUCAAUGGCGGUAGCUUUAGAUAUGAUGCUAUGAUAACGCCUAUUCGCUCGAAGUCUUCUUCCGAGGGAAAGUUGGUUGUCGGAACAAAAUGCAAUAUUAUCCUCUCCGGCCGUCCUAUUAAGUAUAAAUUGCUGCCGAGAGACUGAGUCCUCCAGAUUUUAGUGUAAUGAUCAUCAUUUCGCAUCGUUAGAAUAUCGUUGCUGCCGCGACCCAUUCAACCGCAUUUACGACACAUUUUUGCUCUGCUUUUGCCAUCGACCGUUCGAUUGGCAUUUGAUCGCAUAAUGGGCUCUUCACUACUAGCCAUAGGUGCACUAGUGUCUAUGUACUUUUCGAUUCUAGUCAUAUCAUUUCAAAGCGGUAGAACCACCGUAGUCGAGCCGGUUUCCUCAAAUAUAAAAGUCGUAAGAUCAAAUGAUGAUCCUUAAGAUAUCAAGAUGGGUCGUGGAAUGAACAAAACCUGGCGAAAAAAACAAUUGUUUAAUGUAUAGUGUCAUUAAGUAGGAAAGGAUUCGUGUUGUGUGUUUGUGUGUAAAUUGUUUGUAAUGGUGUGGUGGUGGAAUGACUCACUGAGAGUAAAGCAAGGUAGGAAGAACAAUCUGCAAACGAUCCUUGCCUGUGCUGCUGGUGCGCCUCGAUGGGCAAAAUGAACAGUGGUAAAUGUUUCGUUAUGGGAGAGUCAUCAUCAAACUGAUCAUAGUAAGCUUCAUAGCAUCAGCGACCAUUGAAAGCGGCGGCAUAAGCGAAUACUGAUCGGUUUACUAUGAUCAUGAGACAUGUAACGGUAAUCAAGAAAAUAAUCGCUCCUUAUGGAUAUAUCUAUUCUUAAACACGAACUUGGCAUUCUUAUCUCCUA